UAUCCAGUCUACGCUCCAUCGCUGAGUCUGAGUGCCACGUUGCCGUAAACACCGGUUACACCGCUAGGAUUGAAGCGUUGAGAACCGGGCUGACGCUCAGCUGCGUUUAUCCAUCAGAUGUCUCAAAAUAAACGCGAAGAGUAUCUAAACGGGCGAUUCCUGUCGGCUUAAAGCUCUCCCUGGAGCCGAGAUGCUGACGGACGUGACAGUAGAAGAAGAAUUUGAUGGCAAUGAAGAGGAGGUGUGGUACAGCAGGAAGGAUCUGGAGCACGAUCUCCACUUGGCCGCUGAGCUGGGAAAGACUCUGUUGGACAGGAACCAUGAGCUGGAGCAGGGUCUCCAGCAGAUGUACUCCACCAAUCACGAGCAGCUGCAGGAGAUCGAGUACCUGAGCAAGCAGGUGGAUCUCCUGAGGCAGAUGAACGAGCAGCAAGCCGGACUUUACGAACAGCUGGACCUAUCAGCACGAGACCUGGAGAAAAGCAACCAAAGUCUGGUGCUGGAGAACCGCACGGCCCAGCAGCGGAUACAGAGUCUGAGCGAGACCAUAGACGGCCUGCAGACUCACAUGGAGCGUCUCCAGAAGCAGGUGGACGAGCUGAAGGCGUCUCAGUCCAAGAGAGAUCUGGCAGCUGCACGCCGCAGCCUCGCUGCACAAAGCAUGUCCUGUCUGAAAGAAAUCUAUGAUCUGCAACGAGACAAGUACUGGAGCUCAGAGGGUCUGCAGGAGGAGAAGUCCACCCUCCAUGACCUCAAGGAGCAGCUGGCGGCCGAGAGAGUCCGACGGGUGGAGGCUGAGCGCGAGACAGAGCUGACGGUGCAAGAAAACAUGGCUCUGGAGGAGCGUCUGAGUCUGCUGGAGGGAGCGCGCCGUCGACAGGCCGAGCUGGAGGCCGAGGUGGAGGAGCUCCAGCAGCUGUGGCGCUCUGAGUCGUCCGGCACGAGACUGACAGACGUGCUGCUGCCCGACAGUGUAUUCUUCAGUGUGGGGGCGGGGCCUGAGGAGGAGGUGGGGUUUGGGGCGGAGCUUCCUCAGAGGAGGCGGCGCUGCAGCAGCGAGAGCUACGCCCGCGGGACUCGAGCUGAAGAUAUCCAGCGUGGACACGAGCACACGUGCAUCCGCCGAGCUCAGGCGGUGAAGCAGCGCGGGAUCUCGCUUCUCAACGAGGUGGACGCGCAGUACAGCGCACUACAGGUGAAAUACGAAGAGCUGCUCCGCCGCUGCCAGCAGGGGGCAGACCGCCUCAGCCACAAAGCCGUCCAGACGCCCACCGCCCCUGCACAGAGGAACCAGGGAACCACAAUCUGCCUCGCACACGAGCUCCAUCAGCCAGAAUACAAGGCCCUGUUUAAAGAAAUCUUCACCUGCAUUCAGAAAACCAAAGAGGACCUGAGUGAGAACAGGGCUGGGCAGAGUCAGUGAGAUGGCAGUAUGAAUGAAUUUGAUGGACGUGUUGAGAGUUUAAAUAGCGCUGUGGUCUUUGUGUGAACGUGUCAGUUGCUAUAAAACCUGUGCCUUUACACGAUAUACAACACCAAAACCUGCUAAUGCAGUAGCCCUAAACAGGGUUUUUCUUCUUUUCUGUGUCUUACUCCAGUGAUUGAGGCACAUGAGAUGUGUGGACCGCUGUGAUACAGCCAUAUGAGACACCUGAGUGCAUCUGUGCUUCGGGUUUGAGAACAGAACCACAUCUGUGUAGAAGACCAAUACUUAAACAUGCAAAAAUAUUAAAAAUAAUAAUAAUAAAAAGAUCAAAUUAGAUUUUUUUUAGCUAGUUUCAGCUAAAUUUGGUCCAAAGAAAAGAAUUGCAGUAAGUACAGACUUUCUUUCUCAGAGAUGUUUUUGUGAGAUUCUUCUGAUACACAUUUAAAAACAUAGAUUUAUGGCUGUGCAAUUAAUCGCAUGAGAUUGUUACAUGCAUCUUGUGGUUAAAGCCGGUCCCGUGAUUAGCAGUAAAUCAACCUGCUUUCAGACGGACCGGCGUUUACUACACAGAGCCGUAGUGACAAGAUGCGCAUGACAAUCACAUGUGAUUAAUUGCAUUCAAAGAAUUCAGUAGGACAAUGUGUAGCCAUACAUUUAAAGUGUCUAGAAAUGUCACAAGCAACAUUAAAGUUCUUUCUUUAUUAUUAUUUAGACAAAAAUCCAGCAUGUGAAUUCAGUGAUUUCUUGUAUUUGAGGUAAUACCGUUUGCCUCUUUUUAUAAACUGAUCGGUUACCUCAAUGCUUUGUUGUGUUAGCAAUUAGCUUGUGUAAAUAUGCUUGAAAUUCUCUUGCGUCUCAGUGUGAAUAGUUUGUGUAGAGCAAACAGUAGAUAAAUGUUUGACAGACACACCGCUCAAGUUCCCAGCACUUUGUUCUGACGUUCAUUAAACACCACUGUGAAACUGUGCACUUUAGAUCACAAACCUAUGGUCAGUUCUGUUUUUACUUUGUUCUGUUAUUUAUUUAAUUGUUGUUUUUUUCUUUUAUUGUUGUGGUCCAGAGGUUUUAUAAAUGUUCUUGUUUGAUAUUCAUUCACUGUUUUCUAUGGAAGCACGUUUCUGACACUGAAUAAAAAAUAUAUAACACUGUAAUUGUAACAUUGAGUUUAUAUCUCACAAUUCUGGCUUUAUAUCUUGCAAUGGAGAGUUUUUUUUAUUGCACAAUUUUGACUUUAUAUAUCGCAAUUUUGGCUUUGAAUCUCACAAUUAAGUUUAUUUCGCAUUUUAAUUUAUAUCUCACAAUUUUGUCUUUAUAACUCAAUUAUGACUUUACACCUCCUUAUUGCAUAUUAUAGAAAUGCAAUAUACAAACUCUGUUCUAAGGGGAAAAAAGUCAGAAUUGUGAGAUAAAAAGUCACAUUACCUUGGUUUGUUUUUGUGGAGGACACGGCUUCCAUAGUUUUCAGAUUAUGUUUUUCAAUGUAUUUCUCGCCUCAGUCUAACAAUAUCAAUCAGUCUAACAAAAGUCGGCUUAUGUCUUUGAUAACUUGUAUUUCAUAACGCAAACCAUGUGCUACUUAAUCAGGAUCAACAAUGUUCAGGUUUGAUUUGCAACAUCUUGAAAUGCCUUGAGUUGGAGAUAAAGUAUAAGCAGGCUUUGACUUUUUAGCUCAAAAUAUUGCGUAGAUGACUAAGAAAGUGCCAUGUAGAGAGAAAAAGAAAGAGAGAAAGAAAGAACGUUUUUUUUUUAUAUGACUAAUGCCUUAAAAGCAGGAAGAGAUAGCAAGGAAAUGUUUAUAGACAAAGAAAAAUAUUUAAAUAUUGUCUUGAGGAAGCAGAAUAUACUGUGGUGUUUUGCAUUACUGAUCUCAUUGCUUUAUUUCGGUGUUUAUGAAACAGUUGCUCAGAUCCCUGAGCUACACAAGUUUGCUUGUGUUUUAAAAGGCCAUCCAAACCUUUACUAAAUGAUAUGCUUCUUGGUCAGCGUUGUGUUGAAAGGGGUACAGUGUGCAUGAUCAGAUGUUAAUGUGCAGCAGGAAUAUGAUAUUGUGCUCAAAAGAAAGAAAAAGGAAAAAAAGUUUUAAACUUCAGCAGUGUCCUUGAAAUGUACAAAGAGGUAAAUUAACCAAAUCUUUCAUGUAAGACCAACUAUGUUCUCUGAAUAGAAUUGUCUUAACAAUCAGAGUUAUGCCGGUCAAACGAGCAAUAACACAGACACAUUGUGUUUAUAUGUGUUGAGAAUCUGUUCCCUCUUUCGUCUGGAGUUGAUGGUUGUUUCACGCUGGAAUCAGUGGAGCUCAGUGCUUUCAGUAAAAGACUUUAAAAAGCUUUCUUCAUUACUGUUAUCAGCUGCAGAUUGUAAAAUGCAAUGUGCUUCGUGAAAUAAUUACUGGUUAUUAUUAUUACCAUUUAUUCUCAGAAAUACUGUAGAUGCCUUUCUGUGUGUAAACGCCAUGAAUAAUAUCUUACUUGGGUUAUCCAGUAAAUAAAACUGUAUGAAUGAACCAAU